AUGCCGUCUGCGUCAGAGAUCGCAGACCGUGUGGGCAACACUGUGCCUCCAAACGAAAUCCCGCUGUACGUAUGCAGCGGUAUCCACGACGAUGCUGUUGCGGAGGAGCAGCACUGUGAUCCGUUAACGAAUCAAAGGCGCGACUACUACAUCGGGCUCUUCCACGAGCUUCGGAACUUCUCCAGCAAGAAGACCUCUUCUCGCAGCAAAGUGCCUGAGUGGCAGGCACUUUGUCAAAGUUGGAAUGCUUUUGUUGAGAACUUCAACAAGAAACCGGCUGCUUACCGCGAGCGGACAUUCUCGACGCGCGGGCGGCUGGAGCAGCUCCACAUAUCCUCUGUGGACGUUGGUAUUCCAUGCGCUGUGCCCGAAGGCCAACAGUGCACGUUGUGUCUUCCGGGUGCGGCGCGCUUGAGCGACCGCGACCUAAACGGGUACACGACGAUUCGUGUACCGGCGAGUCUCAGGGAUCUCCGUGCCAAGUCCUUGGCACGCGAGAAACGCGAUGAUCGCGAAACUUCGGGCGCUGCAGGUAAUUACAGCGCUCGCGCUACAUUCGCGCCGCUAGUGCGUGGUGAGCUUCGUACGCCCUCACCAUUUCUGGAACGUCCUGCAGCCGGACGUCCCGUGACUCCCAUGUAUCUUGGUGGGGCGGAAACCCUCUCAAACGAAUACGAUAACGAACCGGCUGCCGGUUCGUUUUCGGGAUACUAUGGUUCACAAUACGCUCAACAAUCCAGCGUGUUGAGCCGCGGGCGUCGUGGAUCGGAGGCGGCGGUGGUGGGAACACGCCCCGGGUAUGGUCAACCUGGGGUUGACCUUGGUCCGACGCUCGAGGAGCGGAUCGCUGCUGCGGAACAGCAUCAGAGCCGGGAGUUCGCCGCUCUGAAGCAGAAGGUGGCGAUCCUGAGGGCUCAAGUCGCUCAGGCCUCGCAGACCGCGUCGGACAUCUCUGUCGACUUGGGAGGUCGCGUCGCACGCUUGGCCCAGCGCGUUCACGCGCUGGAGUAG